AAAGACCACCACAGCACCAUUGGAACAUAUUUACUAAAUUGGAUUAGAACAUACGCAUUACAGUUAUAAAUGCACCUCUAUAAGCUUAGCAGCUGCUAUCUACUAUAUGUCAGCACAUGUAUCUGCUUGGCUGGAGGAUUUUGCAAACCUUGCAUUCAUAAAUAUACUGAAAAGGCAGAGGUUCAGCGAAGGACACAAAGCUGACCCUGGAGCAGGGGCGGACUGGCCAUUUGGAAACUCGUUCACUGCCCGAGGGCCCAAGGUCAGUAGGGGGCCCCAUGAGAUGCCCCUGGUACCUUUUUCAUAGGCUUUUUUGAGUUUGGGCAAGGACACAGGGGCCCCAUGAUCCCCUAUUGCCCGGGG